AUGGAUUGCAAUUUUGAUAGAUGUGGGUUAAAAAUCGAUAAUAUUACAAAAGUGUUAAUUGCCCUACGUUUCUAUGCAAGUGGAAAUGACCAAAGAGUCAAUGGAGAUACAUUAGGAUAUUCACAAGCUUCGGUUUCUAUUGUAGUUAAAGAAGUAUCGGGAUUACAAGCUAAAUGUGGAAAAAAAUGGAUUCGAUUUCCAUCAAAUUUACAAGACACUAAGGAACAAUUUUAUUUAAUUGGUGAAUUUCCUGGUUUAAUUGGAGCUAUAGAUUGUACACAUGUCCCUAUUAAAAGUCCCGGAGGCAACAACGUAGAAAUGUAUAGAAAUCGAAAAAGAUGGUUGUCAUUAAAUGUUCAAUUGUUUGUGGUCCUAAAGGCUAAAAUGCAAAUUUUUGACAUAGUCUGCAGAUGGCUAGGUUCAAACUAA